AUGCAGUUCACCACCAUCCUCGCCUUCGUCGCCGCCGCCGUCGCUGCUCCCGUCCUCGAUGAGCGCCAAACCGCCCUCUGCUCAGGCGCCACCAGCACCCCGCAAUGCUGCGCAACUGAUGUCCUCAACCUCGUUGUCCUGGACUGCGCUACUCCCCCGACGACUCCGACCUCCAUCAACAACUUCAUCGACAUCUGCUCGGCCGAGGGCCAGCAGGCCAAGUGCUGCCUGCUGCCCAUCCUCGGCCAGGACCUCAUCUGCUCCGACGUCAAUCCCCAGCCUGCCACUUAA